AUGUCGAAUAACACUACCAAUACUAACAGUGGAUUAGAUAUAACCAAUUUAGAUGAUUUACGUGAUCCAUCUGGAAUAUUCUCUCUAAUUGAGGUUGUCGGUAAAGGAACUUACGGGAAUGUCUACAAAGGAAGGUAUACUCGGACUGGCCAAUUGGCUGCAAUCAAAGUUAUGCCGAUUACUGAAGAGGAUGAAGAAGAAAUUAAACUGGAAAUUGAUACUUUGAAAAAACUCUCAAAUCAUCGAAAUAUUGCCAGCUACUAUGGUGCAUUUAUUAAGAAAUCCUCUCCUCGAGAUCAUUUAUGGCUUGCUAUGGAGUAUUGUGGAGCUGGAUCAGUUGCUGAUCUUAUCAAAAGUACUCGUACAAAAUCAUUAAAAGAAGAUUGGAUUGCCUAUAUCAGUCGAGAAAUUCUUCGAGGUCUUAUGCAUUUACACGCAAAUCGUGUGAUUCAUCGUGAUAUUAAAGGUCAAAAUGUAUUGCUCACUGAUAAUGCUGAGGUCAAGCUUGUUGAUUUUGGAGUCAGUGCACAGUUGGAUAAAACAUUUGGUAAACGAAAUACAUUCAUUGGAACACCUUAUUGGAUGGCACCUGAAGUAAUCCAUUGUGAACAAGACUCCAGUUGUACAUAUGAUGCACGUUCAGAUAUUUGGUCAUUAGGUAUAACUGCUUUAGAAAUGGCUGAAGGUCGACCACCAUUAUGUGAAAUGCAUCCAAUGCGUGCACUUUUUCUUAUUAUGCGUAAUUCUCCACCACGUUUGAAACAAGCACCAAAUGGUUCACGACAUUGGACACCAAGAUUUCAUGAUUUUGUUAAUAAAUGUUUAACUAAAGAUUUUCAUAAACGUCCAAAUACCUCAGAGUUAUUUCGACAUGAUUUUAUUACAAAUUUACCUAAUGAACGACAAAUACGUAUUCAACUUAAAGAUCAUAUUGAUAGGCAUAAACGAAAUAGACAGACUGAAGAGCACGAGAAAAUUUAUGAAUAUGAAGGAAGUGAUGAAGAGGAAGAAGAGGAGACCAGUGCUGCUGCCAAAGGCGCUGCAGCAGCUGCUCUAGCAAUGUCUGCCGCUGCUGCAGCCGUUGGCGGCGGUGGUGCUGGUGUCGGUGUUGGUGUUGGAGCUAAUGGACAAGGACAUCGUCUGCCUAAUCAACAUCCACCUCAGUAUCGUCAUCCACCGGAUAAGCUGUACCCUAAUCAAGUGAUGCGACCCGGCGGUGGGGGUGAUCAUAAUGAAUUUGUCCCAUUCACUGGAGCAGCACCACCACCAUCCUCAGUUGCAGCAGGAUUAAACUUUAAACAGCAUACACCGGGUAUUUCAGUGGAUCCUAGAUUUGCUGCAAGAAAUCCUAUGCCAACGGCAAUGAAUAAACUACCCCUUGCUACACCUCAAUCGGGUAUGCAUCACAAUAAUAGAUUAUCGAGAUUAGAUGAAGGUGAAUCAGCUACUGUGAAUGCUAAAGAACCAGGUGAAAAUACACUACGUCAAAAUUUUGCUCGCUUACAGGAACGUGAACAUCAUCCAGCUGUAGGUGUUGCACCUCAACGAUCUGUCGUCGUCAAUGGACGCCCUCAAUCUUCAUCUGGUCAUCAUCAUUUCCCACAACAUUCACGACCAUUAUUAAACAAUAGUCGUGCUCCACCUGUCUAUAGUCAGUCACAGCAUCAUCAUCAGCAACAACAACAAUCACCACAACAACAGCAACAACAAAUACAUUCAAAUCAACCGAAAUUGGGUGUUCUAGCUGCUGGAAGUCGUUUAGCUGGUGCUGGUGGUCCAUCUCCUUUACCUUCACAUAGCACUACUUCCUCUACUGUUAUUACUACGACUACGAUGACUACUACGUCUACAGUAUUGGAUACAACAUCUGUAGAUAGCCAGUUUGUAAACAACAGCAACAGUGAAAGUGUUUUUACCUCGUCCUCGAUUAAUUCUGUAAAUCCACCGACAUCGGUUAUCAGUGGUGCUGGUGUUGGUCAGCCUCCGCAUCAUUUCCCCCUACAACAUCAUAGAGCAUCCGUGUCCAAUCCUCCUUUCAAUCCUUUUCAUCUCAAUGUAAACGCUGCUGUUACAUCAUCAUCAUCAAUGGCGGUAACUUCUUCAUCAAAUGAUCCUAUGACGGCUGGUAAUUUACUUGUAUCACCAUUUCGUGCAAAACUUGCCAAUCCUGGUCCACCGCCUGUCCCAUUACAUCAGCAGGUUCGUAUUGGUAGCAGUGUAUUGAAUGGUGGAGUAGGCGGAGGAGGAGGCGGACAUGGAAUCGCUGGUGGUGGCGGUGGUGUGUCAGUAUCUGGAAGUAGUAGUAAUGAUGAACCAGCCAAUCCACUGGUUGCCAGUUCCCGGCACCAGCAUAUAGUUGCACCGAAAUUUCCGUCUGCUCGUCCAACAAGUCAGGCUGUACCACAUUUAGAUCUUCGAAAACCACCCUUAGAAUCAGCUUUACCCCAAUCAAUUAUCACUGCAACGAAUGCAGUUGUCAGUCAAUCGAAAUUAUCAAACAAUGUUAGUAUAUCUAGUCCUGUUAACCGGUCUAGUGGAGCUGCGAUGGCUUUCGCCGCCUCAACAACAACAACAACAUCAACAGCUGCUGCCGUCACUACUACUACCACGACUACAACAGCUGGUGGAGUUUUCAAUGGGAAUUUUAUACGUCAGUCAAUAGCAUCACAUUUAACUCCUGGUAUGCAUAAUCGAUCACCUGUACAUCAGAUAUCUUCAGCUGAUGAGAACGUUCGAUCUCGUGCUUCUCAGAGUACUGCUAUUACCACCACCACCACCACGACUACCAGUAGUAGUUCUACAGUCAACACUUCAUCCACAAAUCAACCUGAAUUACGUGGGCAUUCAAAUAAGCAAGUACCGUCGACACGGUUAAAUUCAAGUGUUAUACCACAGAAGUUACAUAGUCACCACCACCAUCAUCAACAGCAGCAACAACAACAUCAUAAUCAUCCACAACAUUCACGUCAUAUUGCUAGUAAAAAGCCUGAGAUUUCACGUCUUGAGGAACUUGAUCAGUUAGCGGCACAAUUGACUAAUUUAGGCGCUGUUUCACCUAGCCCUAAUAGACAAAAUAAUGGAAUGAAUGGAAAGCCAGAUGGUAAAAAGUCAACCAAUAGACGUCAACAACAAGAACGACAGCAACAGAAUUAUGAAAAUAAUGCACAUUUAUCAAAGCUGUCAAAUGAUCCAGUUCGCCGUCAUCAUGAUUCAAGUGGACGUGAUCGAUCUAAUUCAUUCUCAUCGUCGACAUCAACUUCAUCCUCGUCGUCUACCUCAUCGUCAGUAUCAUCUGAAAAUGUUAGCAAUAGUAAUAAUAAUAAUAAUAACAUAAAUUCACCAAUUCACAUGAAUAGUAGUCACAAUAAUAACAAUAAUAAUAAAUAUUCAACAAGUAAUUCAUCUACAGUGAGUAGAUCUCAUUCUAUUGGUUCACAGAAUGAUUUCCAUUCAUCAAGCACAUGUUCUUCUGGUUCAUUAUCGACUAAUUCAUCAUGUGAUAAUACACAUAGUCGUCCUAAUGCAGCGAAAUUAGCCUUGAAUGGAAAAAGACGUACAACAGAAGUGGAUCCUCGUCGAUUGACUGUUGUUGAGAAUGUACAUGUACUAAAUAAUAAUAAUAAAUUGGCCAAUAAUCGAGAUGCUGAUUCCAAUCAACCAGAUGAUUUAGACAUAAUGCCUAACGAUCAGCUGGAUGAUGAUAUAAAUUCUAGAGGUUAUGCUGCAUAUGAUGACGGAGAAGUUGUUAGAGAAGGCGAAGAUGCUGAGGGUGAUGGUGAUGCCGAAGAAGAAGAAGAAGUAGACGGUGAAGACGAAGAUGAGGAUGAAGAUGAAGGGGAUGUAAUUGUGGUUGAAGAAGAAGAAGAAAAUGGUGCUGAUUUAGAAGAAGCUGAACAACUGAGAGCCACACUAUCUAUUGUUCGUACACGGCAAAGACCAUCUCUGAGUGAAUUUAUACGUAAUGGUCAUGGUAUUGAUGAUACGUCUGCUGUUAACAAUACUAAUAAUAAUAAUGUGAUCAGUAAUGAAUCAUUCUACUGUAUCGAUGAUGGAACCCUGUCUAGUUCAGCAGUGAAAUGGCAUAAAGAAGGAGCCUUACCGUCAGAUGAAUUUGCAAAGGAGACAUUGUGCAGUCUAGCGUCAAUUAUUGAAUCUACAUCUGGAACUAUCGGUCGAUCUGGUUCAAAUGAAAAUACACCGAGUAAAUCAGCAACCAGUGGAAAUGAUAAUAUCAAGCUUGUGUCAAAUGGCUAUCCAGCUGCUAUAGAUUCAGAUAUUGCAAUCACAAGUUCAGCGUCUUCAAAACUAAUGGAUCGAAAUGAGAAAGAAGGAAUAAGUAGAAUACACGAACCUCAACCUCCACCGCCACCACCACAUUCGUCAGAUAUUAUUCACGGUGGACACUACACUGGCAAACAGUCGUCACAUCAACCAUUCGAUGGCAGUACUCAUAUUCUAACCGGUCAACCUUCUUUAAUUGGACAAUCCAAUGUGAUACAAAGAUCCAGUCCACAAAUCUCUCCUCAGUCUAUAGUAAUUACAGACUCAAAUAAAGCACUGCCUAGUUCAGUUUGGUCAGUUCCAGCCAAUAGUACUACAAGCAGCAGUAGCAACAACAACCCCAGUAAUGUUGCUCCUCUAGUUUCAGAGCCUAGUCCACGUGCGAAUCAAAAAACAAAAGCUCAUUUUGAUGGUCAAUCAUCUCAGUCAAGUGGCGGUGGCGGCGCCGGCAGUGGCAGUACUAGUAAUUCCUCCUUCAGUCUCAUUAAAUCUGUUGCCCUAUCAAAUCCAAUCUGUGCUAAUCUACUGAAUUUUAGUCUACCAUCAAUCACUACAUCGAAUACAGUUAUUACAACUGGUCCACCACGUAGUAGUACUGGCAUAUCAACAACUGUUGUAAAUAACCUGCCGACAACAGCUACUGGGCUAGGCGGUGAUACACCUGAAAUUCAAGUGUAUAAAAAACGCUUUAAUUCAGAGAUACUAUGCGCAUCCACGUGGGGUGUAAAUUUACUAAUUGGACUAGAAACUGGACUGUCUUUAUUAGAUCGUAGUGGUGAAGGUCGAGUGUAUUCUUUAAUAACAAGACGAAGAUUUUCACGAAUGGCUGUUUUAGAAGGUCAAAAUAUUCUAGUUACAAUAUCUGGACGUAAAAAUCGUGUGCGUGUAUAUUAUUUGUCAUGGCUUCGAAGUAAAAUUAUGAAAACUGAAGGGUGUGAUAAAAAGAACGGUUGGGUUAAUGUUGGUGAAAAUCUACAAGGAGCUGUACAUUUCAAAAUUGUGAAGUAUGAAAAGAUAAAAUUCCUUGUCAUUGCUCUGCGAGAUUCUGUAGAGAUUUAUGCUUGGGCACCUCGUCCUUAUCAUAAAUUUAUGGCUUUUAAGCGAUUUUCUGAACUGAAACAUCGACCAUUACUGGUAGAUUUAACAGUUGAAGAGAAUACACGAUUAAAAGUGAUCUAUGGUUCAUCGAGUGGAUUUCAUGCUAUUGAUCUAGAUUCGAAUACAGUCUUCGAUUUAUAUAUUCCUUCAUUGAUCAGUUCACAGAUCACACCUCACUGUAUAGUGGUUCUACCCAAUACCGAUGGGAUGCAAUUACUUUUAUGCUAUGAUACUGAAGGUGUCUAUGUAGAUACAAAUGGUAAAUUAACUAAAAAUGUUGUUAUACAAUGGGGUGAAGUGCCAACUUGUGUUGCUUAUAUAUCCACCGGCCAGUUACUUGGUUGGGGUUUAAAGGCUAUCGAAGUUAGAUCAGCUGAAACUGGCCACCUGGAUGGUGUAUUCAUGCAUAAACGUGAACAGAAAUUCAAAUUUCUCUGUGAACGUAAUGAUAAGGUGUUCUUUUCAAAUACACGAUCUGGACCACCUCAAGUAUCAAUGAUGACUCUUAGUGGAAUUCACUGGUAA